UUUUAAAGAGUCUACUACAAGCAACCCUUCUUCUUUUUCGAAAACAAUGGAGUCAGGACAAAAUAGUCCGAUUCAACAAGAGAUAUUAAAAUGGAUACAUCUCAAACACAAGGAAAAAAGGUUGUGGGACAAAAUUCUAGCCUUGGAAAGGAAGUCUGGGAUGGAUCAGUUCAUGACAAGAAUGAGGGCCACGUUCCCCAUGAGGUGGCCAUGUGGUAGCCCAGAAAAGAUUCAAUCUCUGGUGCACAAGCUUUCGCAACAAGGGAAAGAUCCAGCAGACAACAGACAGAUGGGUGGUCUAAUGGCCCCGCAGACACCAGAAGAUGACAAAAAACAAGGUGACACUGAAUUAAAAUCUGCAAGGCUCAAAUGGACACCCCAAGACAUCCAUAAAUGUGCAGUCCAAGUGAAAAGAGAGUGGGAAUCAUGGGAUCGAUGGAGGCCAGAGUGGGGUUGUCUUUGCCCCAAGAGAGCAGACGUUGUGAGGCAUGAAGGGAGAACGGCACCCCUGCCUAUGACAGUUACGUAUAGAACGGACGAAGAGCUGACAAAGCUGGAGACACUGAGGAUGAGGGUAGCACUGCUGCAACAGGAGGUUUGUCUAGAAACGGCUUUGUCCGACACUUUGUCUCCACACCUUUCUUCAGUUGUGCAAAAACCUGUAAAUCCCAGUCUUCUGAGAGACCUCUAUUCUGUGCUGGGGGAAGGAGGGGAGGGGUUUCCUGCCAUAGUACUUGUCUCUGAACCUGACUCCUGAGAAUACACAGUGGACCCUGUAAAGCUGACCACAAGCCCAGCCCAGCAG